AUGUGGCCAAUCGUUUUGUUUUCAUUGCCGCUGUGCAUUUGGGCCAUCGUUAAUCCGUCCAAUGAAUCGGCCAACACGGUCAUUUACAUGUUACCGGAAAGCGAGCUGGGGCCUCACACCUGGCAAGUGGGCGUCGAAUGUCUUCAUCAGUUCGCACAGAUUUUCUUUCAUCGCAAGCCGGUCGAGCGUCUCACCCGAGCGUACAAUCUACUGCUGGCCAAUGUCUACAACAUGUCCGCGCCGGCUGACCAAAUUCUUUACGGCUAUAGCAAAGUGAUCAACGAGGCUGCGACUGCAGCGAACGCAACCAGGGAUGAGAUCUUCCAGCUACGAGUGGUAUCCGAUCGGAACUACAAAAUGACUCUUCUGAACGCAGGCGAGAUUCUGUUGAGCGACAACUAUGUGAUUGUGGUGGACAGCGUGACGCGCCUGCACAACCUAAUGGAUAACUACAUUAGUCAGAUGCGCUCCUGGAAUCCAGGUGCCCGAUUCCUUGUACUUUUCAACUCCGCCAAGUUUCACCACAAGCCGCUGAGUGUGGCCACCCAAAUUUUCAAUGAUCUUAUGCAGAACUUCUAUGUGCAUCGGGUGGCGCUGAUCUUUGCCACCUCGGCCACCGAGUACAAUUUAUUGGUGAACGACUACUACAGCAAUGUGGACUGCCGAAUUUUGAACGUCCAGAGUGUUGGACAAUGUCUCAACGGCAAGCUGUUCCCAGAUGCGCAGUCGGUUCAAGCAGCCAUGACCGAUUACAUAUCCGGAUUCAGUCCAAAGAACUGCACCUUCGAUGUUUGUGCGACUAUAGCGGCGCCUUUUGUGGAGGCCGAUUGCGUUUUAGGCUUAGAAAUGCGCAUACUCGGAUUUAUGCGGAAUCGACUACAGUUCCAGAUCAAUCAAAGCUGCACACGAGAGGCCCGCGGCGACAUAGAUUCUGGUUCUGGCAAUUGGAGUGGACUCCUAGGAAAGCUUACCGACGGGGAAUGCGAUUUUAUAAUAGGCGGCUUUUACCCCGACAAUGACGUGGCUGAUUUCUUCUGGGGCUCCGACUGCUACUUGCAGGAUGCAUAUACUUGGUACAUUAGGCUGGCCGAGCACCGACCUGCUUGGCAAGCCAUGGUGGCCAUAUUUUCACUGGGGACUUGGCUUUGCUUGUUCGGAACUCUGUUAAUCAGCUGGUUGAGUUGGUACUUUCUGGUUCAGGUGUUACCUGAGCCACAGUACUACCAGCAGCUAAGCCUAACGGCUAUCAACGCUUUGGCUGUAUCCAUUAGCGUCGCUGUCUACGAGCGUCCGCUUUGUGAGUCAACCCGCCUCUUUUUUAUGGCUCUAACUUUGUAUGGGUUGAACAUAGGAGCCACUUAUACAUCGAAGAUGAUAGAAACCUUUCAGGAUCCUGGUUAUUUGCAUCAGCUGGAUAAGCUUGAGGAAGCUAUGGAGGCCGGUAUUCCCUUUGGAGGUCGUGAGGAAAGUCGCGAUUGGUUCGAAAAUGAGAACGACAUGUGGAUCUUCGACGCCUACAAUACUACGUCCGCCUUUAUUCCGCUCACCGAGAAUCUGUUAGCCGUGAAGAACGGCGAGCGCUGUAUACUUAGCAAUCGGAUGUACAUAAUGCAGAAUAUCUUUGCGGACGACAUAUACGCCUUUUCCUACAACGUAUUCUCCAGUCCCAUACAGAUGAUCAUGAAGGCGGGCUUUCCCUUCAUCUUUGAGAUGAAUACCAUUAUACGCUUUAUGCGAGACGUAGGCAUUUUUCAGAAGAUUGAUGCAGACUUUCGUUACAAUAACACGUACCUGAAUCGAAUUGCCAAGAUGCGACCAGAGUUCACAGACAACGUCAUUGUGUUGACCACCGAACACCUGAAAGGUCCUUUUGGUAUCCUCAUUGUGGGCGUUUGGGGUGCCUCGCUCACAUUCCUUGUCGAGCUCUGGUGCGGCCGAAGGAGAUCUCGGCAACUGAGACAGCUGAGACGCCAACACCGCAAUCUGCGACGUCAGAAGCGCAAGUACACGCGACAAAUGCAUGUGGCUCCGGCCUCCAUACGCUUUACGCCGCUCAAGCGCCGCAAAGUUUUAUAG